AUGCGUGAAUGUCUUUCAAUCCAUAUCGGCCAAGCUGGUGUUCAAAUUGGCAAUGCUUGUUGGGAAUUAUUCUGUCUUGAACAUGGAAUUCAACCUGAUGGACAAAUGCCAUCAGAUAAAACAAUUGGUGGUCAAAAUGAUUCAUUCAAUACUUUCUUUACAGAAACAGGAUCAGAUAAAUAUGUUCCUCGAGCUGUAUUUGUUGAUCUUGAACCAACCGUAAUUGAUGAAAUUCGAACUGGUACAUAUCGACAAUUAUAUCAUCCAGAACAAAUGAUUACGGGCAAGGAAGAUGCAGCAAAUAAUUAUGCUCGUGGACAUUAUACAGUUGGAAAAGAAAUAAUUGAUCUUGUUCUUGAUCGUCUACGAAAAAUGGCUGAUCAAUGUACUGGAUUACAAGGUUUCCUUGUUUUUCACUCAUUUGGAGGUGGAACUGGCUCGGGUUUUACUUCACUUUUGAUGGAACGAUUAUCCGUUGAUUAUGGAAAGAAAACCAAACUUGAAUUUGCAAUUUAUCCUGCUCCACAAAUUUCAACAGCUAUUGUCGAACCUUACAAUUCAAUUUUGACAACACAUACAACACUUGAACAUUCAGAUUGUGCAUUUAUGGUCGACAAUGAAGCACUUUAUGAUAUUUGCCGAAGAAAUUUAGACAUUGAAAGACCAACAUAUACAAAUCUAAAUCGAUUUCUUGCUCAAGUAGUUAGUUCAAUAACUGCUUCACUUCGAUUUGAUGGUGCUCUCAAUGUGGACUUAACUGAAUUUCAAACAAAUCUUGUUCCUUAUCCACGAAUUCAUUUUCCACUUGUUACAUAUGCACCAAUUAUUUCUGCUGAAAAAGCUUAUCAUGAGCAGUUAUCAGUAGCUGAAAUUACAAAUUCAGUAUUCGAACCAGGAAAUCAAAUGGUUAAAUGUGACCCACGACAUGGUAAAUACAUGGCUUGUUGUAUGUUAUAUCGUGGUGAUGUUGUUCCAAAAGAUGUCAAUGCAGCCAUUACAACAAUCAAAACAAAACGAACAAUUCAAUUUGUUGAUUGGUGUCCGACUGGAUUCAAAGUUGGUAUCAACUAUCAACCACCAACUGUUGUUCCUGGUAGUGAUCUUGCUAAAGUACAACGAGCUGUUUGUAUGCUUUCAAGUACAACAGCAAUUGCUGAAGCAUGGGCUCGACUUGAUCAUAAAUUCGAUUUAAUGUAUGCUAAACGAGCAUUUGUUCAUUGGUAUGUUGGUGAAGGUAUGGAAGAAGGAGAAUUCAGCGAAGCUCGAGAAGAUUUGGCCGCUUUGGAAAAAGAUUACGAAGAAGUUGGUGCUGAUAGUGUUGAAGGCGGCGAAGGAGAAAACGAUGGCGAAGAAUAUUAA